AAGAUUAAAAAUAAUUGAACUUCAAAAAAAGUCAAAGGAAGUCAAACUAGCUUGUAAAUAUCGGAUACCAUAUAUUUACUCGAGACACCCUCACCCAUCUAUCAUUCUAUCUCCUCAAUUAAGGAAAACGAAGUGAUAGCAGAGCCAUGAGACUCCACAGCCUAAUUUUAGCAGCUCUACUCUGCUUCACCCCUCCAUUCUUAUCCGCCCAGCCCUUCUCCUGCGACCAGUCCGAUCCGCGAACCAAAUCCUUCAGCUUCUGCCGAACCGGGCGGCCCAUCGGAGACAGAGUGAGAGAUCUCGUCUCCAGCCUCACUCUGGACGAGAAGAUCGGGCAGCUUGUGAGCUCGGCGGCCGCCAUUCCCCGCCUCGGCAUCCCGGCCUUCGAGUGGUGGUCCGAGGCUCUGCACGGGGUUGCCAACACCGGAAGGGGGAUCUCCUUCAACGGCAAAAUCGCCGCCGCCACCAGCUUCCCUCAAGUCAUUCUCUCCGCCGCUUCGUUCGACGAACAGCUUUGGUACCGCAUUGCACGGGUGAUUGGGAGAGAGGCAAGGGGCGUGUACAACGCCGGGCAAGCAAAAGGGCUCACGUUCUGGGCACCGAACAUCAACAUUUUCCGAGACCCCCGGUGGGGUAGAGGCCAAGAAACCCCCGGCGAGGACCCCACCGUCGCCGGGAAAUACGCAGUGGCUUACGUCCGAGGCUUGCAGGGCGACACCCUCGACGGCGGAAGGACGGCGGCGAACCAUCUUCAAGCCUCUGCUUGCUGCAAACACUUCGCCGCCUACGAUUUGGAGAAUUGGAAUGGGAAUCUCCGCUAUGGAUUCAAUGCCAUUGCGACAAAACAAGAUUUGGCUGAUACAUAUCAGCCACCAUUCCAGAGCUGCAUUCAAAAAGCCAGAGCCAGCGGAAUCAUGUGUGCUUAUAACAGCGUCAAUGGCAUCCCCAGCUGUGCUAGUUACGAUCUCCUCACCAAAACUGCUCGCGGCCAAUGGGGUUUUCGUGGGUACAUUACCUCAGAUUGUGAUGCAGUGGGAAAUGUUUUUCACGACCAUAAGUAUACAAAAACACCAGAAGAAACCGUCGCAGAUGUGCUCAAUGCCGGGAUGGAUGUCAACUGUGGUUCAUUUUUGGGGAACUAUACAAAAUUAGCCGUUAUGCAGAAAAAAGUGUUAGAAUCACAAAUAGACAGAGCUCUACACAACCUCUUCAGCAUUCGUAUGAGAUUGGGACUGUUUGAUGGGAGCCCAAAUCACUUACCUUAUGGUAACAUUCUUGGGAAUGAAGUUUGCAGUCAAGAACACCAAAAUGUAGCUCUAGAAGCUGCAAGAAAGGGCAUUGUCUUGCUGAAGAACCAGGCCAAGCUACUUCCUCUUUCAAAAGCCAAAACAAUGUCCCUCGCCGUUAUAGGACCUAAUGGGAACAACGCGAAUGUCCUUUUAGGGAAUUACUAUGGCCCUCCGUGCAAAUCCGUUGAAAUCUACAAGGCCUUGCAGGGUUAUGUGAAAAACAGUGUGUUUCAAGAAGGCUGUGUUGGAAUUGAGUGUGCCUCUGCUGCAGUUGAUGAAGCUGUGAAGUUGGCUAGAAACUCUGAUCAUGUAGUUCUGGUCAUGGGAUUGAAUCAGGGGCAAGAAAGGGAAGAAAAAGACCGCGUCCAGUUGGUGCUUCCCGGGCAACAAGAAGCUCUCAUUACGGCUGUUGCUAAAGCGGCAAAGAGGCCCGUGAUACUGGUGUUGCUUUGUGGUGGGCCCGUUGAUAUUUCUUUCGCGAAUUUCGACCCUAAAAUAGGCAGCAUUUUGUGGGCAGGCUAUCCUGGCGAAGCAGGAGGCCUUGCCCUUGCAGAAAUUAUAUUCGGCGAUUACAAUCCUGGAGGGAAAUUGCCGGUCACAUGGUACCCGAAAGACUACAUAAAAGUUCCAAUGACAGACAUGAGGAUGAGGGCCAAUAAAGCUACAGGGUACCCCGGGCGAACAUAUAGGUUCUACAAGGGUCCUACAGUCUUCAACUUCGGGUAUGGUCUUAGCUACUCCCCCUACGCUUACGAGUUCGCUCCGACCACAAAAACCACAGUGGACUUGAACCAGAUGCCGCGGGUCAAGAGAGCCGCGACACCUGAGUCUGUGCCAUACACGUCAGUAGAUGAGAUUGGCGAAGAGAUGUGCGAAAAGGCAAAAUUCUCGGCAACCAUUCGAGUCGAUAACGAUGGGGAAAUGGAUGGAACUCACCCGGUGUUGCUCUUUGUGAAGCCGGGUGAAGAGAGAGAGGGAAGCGCGGCGAAAGAGUUGAUAGGGUUUCAGAGCGUGAGCUUGAAAGCCGGCGAAGGAGUAGAUGUUGAGUUUGAUGUCAGCCCUUGUGAGCAUCUCAGCAGUGCCAAUGAGGAUGGGUUGAUGGUGGUUGAAGAGGGGUCUAAGUAUCUGGUUGUUGGCAACAGAGAACAUACUAUCAAUAUAGUCAUUUGAUUCUUUUUGGUCAAAUCUUUGGGAAUGAUUUUUAUUUUUUUGCUUGCUUUGUCUUCUUCACUUGUGCAGAACACACCAUCAUUUCUUUCUUUUUCUUCUUCUUUUUGAAUACAAGAACAAGUUGAAAAUUUCUUCUGUUUAUUAGUUUAUUUACCAGAAAACAAUAGGGGAAAAUAAGUGUGUCUUGAUCCUUGAACUCCGUUCUUUCAACACGGAAGAACGGAGAGAGAGCAGAGAGAUACUCAGGAACGGAGAAGGAGACCCUAUGUCCGGCUAUGUGAUACAGUCCUAGG